AUGGCAGACGUGCAAAAGAAGCUCCAGGCACUAUCUGACAGCUACCAGGGCCUCCAGGCCGGUAAGGCAUUCGCUCUGCUUACGAAUUCGUUGGUUAAUCUCGGAACAGAGCUCGGAACUGCAGUAGAAGCACGCCAGAAGCUCGAAUCACAACAGCAGGAGAACAGUACGGUCAAGAAGGAAUUUGACAUACUCGACGACGAUGCGAACAUCUACAAGCAGAUCGGACCAGUACUGUUGAAGCAGGACAAGACAGAGGCCGUCAUGUCGGUUAAUGGCCGCCUCGAAUUCAUCGACAAGCAGAUCAAGGAUAUCGAGAAGCAGAUCCAGGGAAUACAGGACAAGAGCGAGAAGAUCAAGGGCGAGAUUAUCCAGAUACAGUCGGCGGCACAGCAAUCGCAACAAGCGGCGGCGUCGUCAUGA